AUGGUCAAAAUCGCAGUAGCAGGCGGCACCGGAAAUGUCGCAACCAACAUGCUCAAAGUGGCCAUAGCAUCUGGAAACCACGAAAUCACUAUCUUCACCCGUUCUGCACCCUCCACCCCGCACCCAUCUUCAAACGUCUCCUACAAACAAGUCGACUACACAGAUCGCGCGGCCCUAACCACCGCCCUCAACGGAAUCCACACCCUUCUCUCCUUUUUCGUGGUGCACCUCGACGUAGACAACACCGCGCAGAAAAACCUCCUCCACGCCGCCCUCGCUGCAGGCGUAACCCGUUUCGCGCCUUCAGAAUGGGGCAUCGCGAGCUACAACGGCGUCCCCAGCUACGACAACAAAGACGCCUUUCGAGCCUACAUCGAAGACCUCGACAAGCAAAACGCACUCGGCUCCCUCCAAAUCUGCCUCUUCCAACCCUCCAUCUUCAUGGAUUACUUCGCGCACCCGUAUCCCCUAGAGAAAGAUCUCAUCACUUGGCCCUUUUUCCUCGACUUCCAGAACAGAAAAGCUAUGAUCCUUGAUGACGGGGAUCAGCCUAUCGUCCUAACCGCUAUCCAAGAUGACGCGCAGAUCCUGGCAAAAGCCCUCGACGACACGGAGAGACCUUGGCCCCGUAUCGGCGGUAUCAGGGGCUGUCGUACCAGCAUCAACGAGAUGGUGGCGCUGGGUAAGAAGAUCCGCGGUGGGGAUUGGCACGUCGAGUAUGUGAAGAGCGAAGAUCUGCAAAAGGGCGUUUUGACGAGCAGUUGGAUUCCGCAGCUUAGUCAUCCGACUAUUCCAGAGGAGGUGAGGGAGAGCUUUUCAAAGGAGUUUUUGAUGGUGUUUUUCGAGGCGAUUAGGAGGGGGAGCUGGGAUGUUAGUGCGGAGUGGAAUGAGAGGUUCCCUGAAUAUGCGUUUUUGGGCGUGGAGGAGUAUUUGAGGAGGGCGUGGGAGGGGAGGCCGUAG